CGUAGUGAUGUGUUCAAUGCAGUUCGGAAGAAAUAUUUCCACCAUUUCCCCUAAAUUAUACCAGAAAAAGAGAAGAACCCGCUUUGAAAUCGCGGCAAUUAAGUGUCAAGAGUUUAAUGAGACCUCUUCACCUUUGGGUCGCUCUGGUUGCGCGUUUGUGCCAAAUGUGUGGUUUUAAUUGCUGUUAUUAAAUAAAUCAAUUCUCUUCUUCCUCUGAUUCUUCAGAGGUUUUGAUUGGCAUGCGUAAUUGAUACAUUUGGGGUUAAGGCAUUGUGUGUAAACCGUUUCCGAAUCCCUAAUGCUGAUUUCAAGUACAUAAUAUCUACUGCACAGAUAACCAUUAGCCUUCUCCAAGAGUCGGACGUGUUUUAAUAAUGACUGAAAUUCUUAAAGUCUAAAUGUAGUUUUGGUAGGCUAAUUGUUGCGGUUGUCAUGGUGAAGAGAAGAGUGGAUGAUGUUUAUGGGAUGGAGCGCGUACAUUUAAAGGCUGUUUCGGUGAGGGUUUGGAAAUCCGGAGCGCAUUCACCAGUCAUGUCUACGGGUCGCAGUGAGGAUUUUACCAACAAGUGCAGAGAAGUUACAAGCGACAUUUGUAUGAGUUCAUCAGAGCUUGUGAGUGGCCUAUUAGAUCCAGCUUCUCCAUCUGCUUUACCCCAAAAAAUGGCAUCUGAUGCUUUCCAAGGCAAAGUAGCUUGCACAGGGUGUAGAGAUGACAUCCUAGACAGGUAUCUGCUGAAGGUAAAUGACUUGUGCUGGCAUGUGCGAUGCCUUUCAUGCUGCGUUUGCCAAACCACUCUGAGCGGACACACAACCUGCUAUGUUAGAGGGCGAGAGGUCUUCUGCAAACUAGAUUACUUCAGGAGGUAUCGGACAUGGUGCUCGUGCUGUGGGGAAAUGGUUCACUCCACAGAUUGGGUACGCAGGGCGAAGGGAAAUGUUUACCACCUGGCAUGCUUCUUGUGCUUCUCCUGUAAGAGGCAGCUGUCCACAGGCGAGGAGUUUGCUUUGGUUGGGCAAAAAUUGUUGUGUCGAGUCCAUUAUGACAGCAUGCUGGACAAACUCAAAGGGGCUUCUGAAAAAGGGAAAACCAUUUGUCUUGAUGGUGCGUUGCCUACAGGUUGUGAGAUAAACCAAAAGCCAUCAAAAAGAGCACGUACCAGUUUCACUUCAGACCAGCUACAGGUCAUGCAGGCUCAGUUUGCUCAGGACAAUAACCCAGAUGCACAGACACUUCAGAGGCUUGCUGAACAGACUGGGCUUAGCCGACGCGUCAUUCAGGUGUGGUUUCAAAACUGUCGUGCCCGUCAUAAGAAGCACAUCUCUCCCCCUCAUUCAGGAAUAUCGACAGGAGGUCUGUCUUCACCACGGCCGGUUUCCAACCUAAAUGAACUGCAUUAUACAGACACAUCCAUGCUUACAGCGUUACACAACAUCUGCAUCGAUGUUCACACUCCAUGUCUACUCUAUCAGCCAUUAUUGUCCCACCAAUCAACACACCUACCAGUCAGCAGCAGCUAAACAUUUUACAAUUCAGUUGUAAAUGUUGUGCCAAUUAUUAUAUUUAUGUCACUAAUACCUUUGUAUUAAAUGUAUUCAUUUGUAUGUUUUAAUUUAUUAAUGUGUUUUGUUCCUAACCAAUGCGGUCUAAGUAAAAAUAACUUC